AUGGAGCAGAAUGAAAAGACGAUGUCAAAAGAAACUGUAUCUGAGAAGGAAUUGAAUGAUAAUUACAUAUAUGGAAAGUGGGGUCCAUAUCAAGUUGUUCAGACAGCUAUAUCGUUGUUUAAUAUAUGGCCAGCAGGAUACCAACUCUUGAUAGGAGUUUUUAUUGGCUAUCGACCAGAUUUUCAAUGUGCAAUUCCCGAAAUAGAGAACAAAGAUGGUAAAAACAAUUCGAUCUACAUAACAUACGAAAAAUGUCACAUCAAAACAUUUCUCAACAACACAAACCAAGGGAGACCUCAGCUGAUUAAUCAGACUACUUGUAUUCAUGGAUUUCACUACAGUCUAGGAAAGCACAGUACAAUAGUAACAGAGAUGAACCUUGUCUGCGAUCGAGCUCCCCUAGCUGAACUUGUCCAAACGUUGAUCAUGGCAGGACAAUUGGUCGGAGCAGCCUUCGCAUCUUCACUCGCAGACAAAUUUGGAAGGAAGACCAUUCUUCUUGUCUCUCAUCUUUUGACCAUGACAUUUGGUUUUGGUGUUGCUUUCUCACGAAGCUACAUAACCCUGGCUAUUUUGAAAUUCAUUCUAGGUGUUUUACAACAGGGAAUGGUAAUGCCUAAUGCGGUGUUAGCGUUAGAACUGUUCCCGGAGAGAACACGUUUUUACACAGAGACAUUAGGUAUGUUUGUCUGGACUACUGGACUUAUCAUCAUGGCACCCAUUGCUUAUCUGAUGAAAGACUACAGUUGGCGAUAUCUGCAGAUAGCUCUUACGUGUUUUUCUCUGUUUAGUCUGGUACAGUAUUGGGUUCAAGAUGAAUCUUUAAGAUGGCUUGCAGCAAAUGGAAAAAAGGAGGAGGCUGAUAGAGUAAUACGAAAAGUGGCAAAAUGGAAUAAACUAAAUUAUGAAGAUCUGAGGAAGAUAGUGGAAGGAAAAAUGGCGCUUACCAAAACGGUCUCUGUGCAACAGAUAGAAGAUAAGAAAAGUGACCAACUAUACCAGAAGUCUGAUUUGCCUUUGGUUGAGAAAUACUCAUUUUUAACAAUUUUGCGAAAUAAAAACAUUUUUGCAAUAUCGCUGAUUAUGUGGUUUACAUGGGUGACCAACACACUCACAUACUUUGGAUUAACCUUGACUUCUACAAGAUUGGCGGGUGAUCGUUUCCUAAAUUUCUUCCUAUCCUCUUUUGUGGAAUAUAUUGCUGUAAUUCUUACACAUGUCAUGCUUCUUUGUCUUGGUAGAAGAGCUAUAACGAUCAUUUUUCACGCCAUAUGCGGAGUUUCCUUAGCUUCAGCUACGAUAUUGAAUUACUUUGCAGGACAUAACAGUGCACUUCAAACGUUAUCAGUGGUAACAACAUUUGUUGGGAAAAUGGCAAUCGCAGGGUCUUUCAGCACUCUUUUCUUGUAUACACCUGAGCUCUAUCCAACAAAUCUGAGGAACGUUGGCAUAGGUUUUUCUUCAGCCUUUGCAAGAAUUGGUGGAAUAUUAUCACCAUUUGCUGGAACGUUGGCCGAAGAAAUACCCUGGGUUCCAGGAACAAUAUUUUCUGUAAUGUGCUUCAUAGUGACAUUACUUAUCCUGUGUGUACCUGAAACACGGGGUACGGAGCUUCCACAGUCUUUGAUAGAAGUUAAAUUAUGGUACACUGAAAAUAGUGGCAUUCACAAACGAAAUAAAACGAUGAACACGAAGCUUUGAGAAACAUAUUCGAAAUUUUAUUUUUCAGUAUCAUAAAAUAGAAUUUCUGAGACAAUAUACGUUAUCUAAAUAAAGUAUAACUAGUAUUUUGAACGAUUUUGAAAAUGAAGAUGUACUUACAGAUUUCCAUACAACAAGAAUUAUUAACAAAAGUACGCAUUAUUAUACAUAUAGCCUUUAUGUAAUAUGUAACAUGUAGAAGUUUUAAUUGAUGAUAUGAGUUUUAUUUGUUAUUAGCAUUCCCACUGGGAGAAAGUUUUAAUUAUCCAAUCGUAGUCAUUGCUAAAACCACGUGACACAAGAUAGCAUCACUUCGCUGAUUUACAUGUUGAAGUGUAAACAAGUUGUUUUGGCGUUGUGAUGUUGCAAACAGCUGUUUGUUUUUGGUGGCAGCUUUUCGUUUUGACAACUUUUUGUUUUGUGUUACUUUUAUUUGUUUAAAAUAUUCUGCCAAACUGAUGAUUGUUUGCAACAGGGGAGAUCCCAUUGUCAAUUUUAUCGUUCUUUGUACUAAGGAUUUUUUUGCUGUUAUUAUCCUGGUGAUCUUCCCACAACUAUAAUUGUGUUGUAUAGUUAUUGUCAUUAAAUAAUUCACACUCAA